CGUGUGAAACUUUUCCUACGGGUCGCCAGCCAAGAGGAGCAGGAGUCGGAGACUGGACCGUGUCUGGGGGUAUCAGUGGGGAGAGAGAGGAGACCUCAGACCAGCACGGACUUCCUGAGGCAAGCUGAGCCAAGUGUUGGGGUCCACAGGUGGCUCAGCAAAAGUGUUUGGCCCAUCCGGAUCUUCAGUGAGUGUUCUCCCCAGGUGCGUCCCCUUGGACCAAUCCCAAAUCCGGAGACCACGAUGAAGUGUUUCCGGCCCUUGAAGACAGAAGUGGUCCUGACUGUGGUCCUCUGCACCUUCACUCUCCUCUUCCUCCUCUUCAGUCUGCACAUGUCACCACUUUCCUGUGGGGACCUGAAAGAGCCGCUGGGCACCCCCAGGGCUCUGACCUGGGGACCUCCGCCCACCUUUCCCCUGCCCGCCCCCUGCCAGGCCAACUUUUCUGUGGCCAAGCUGCCGGACUUCGCCCAGCAGCCACAGCACGUGCGUGACUUCCUGCUGCACAAGCACUGCCGCGACUUCCAGCUGCUGCAGGACGCUCCGCUGAGCAAGUGCGCGCAGCCAGUCUUCCUGCUGCUGGUCAUCAAGUCGUCGCCCAGCAAUUACGAGCGCCGGGAGCUGGUGCGGCGCACUUGGGGCCGCGAGCGGAUGGUGCAGGGCCUCCGGUUGCGCCUUCUCUUCCUGGUGGGCACGGUCCCAGAACCGAACGAGGCUCGCAAGGUCAACCAGCUGCUGGCGCUGGAGGCCAGGGUUUAUGGUGACAUCCUGCAGUGGGACUUCCACGACUCCUUCUUCAACCUCACGCUCAAGCAGGUGCUCUUCCUACGGUGGCAGGAGACUCGGUGCACCAAAGCCAGCUUCAUACUCAACGGAGACGAUGAUGUCUUUGCACACACAGACAACAUGGUCUCCUACCUGCAGGGCCACAACCCUGACCACCACCUCUUUGUGGGGCAACUGAUCCAAUACGUGGGCCCCAUCCGGACCCCCGGAAGCAAAUAUUAUGUGCCAAAGAUAGUGACACAGGAUGAGCACUACCCACCCUACUGUGGAGGUGGUGGCUUCCUGCUGUCCCGCUUCACGGCUGCUGCCCUGCGCAGGGCUGCCCCCACUCUAGAGCUCUUCCCCAUCGAUGAUGUCUUCCUGGGCAUGUGCCUGAAGCAGGAGGGCCUGAAGCCCGCCUCACACAGUGGUAUCCGCACUCCUGGCAUUUGGCUCCCCUCACCGCGUUUGUCCUCCUUUGACCCCUGCUUCUACCGCGAGCUGCUGCUGGUGCACCGCUUCUUGCCGUAUGAGAUGUGGCUCAUGUGGGAUGCACUGAGCCGGCCCAACCUCAUCUGUGGCAAGCGAAUGCAGAUCUUCUGAGGUGGUGUCAGGGCCCCUAGCCUCUAGGCUCCUGUCUGCACCCCCACAGGAAGGGGGAACAUUUUCCUCUCAAGAAGCUGAGACUUUUGACCUCCUAGGGCAUAGGCGGGUGCCAGGGAGGGUUUGAUGAGUGAAUAGUUUUUUGUUGUUUAUUUUUUCAAUAUGUUUUCAUUGACUUUAGAGAAAGAAGAAGGGAG